CUCCAUGGCAGCCAGCCCAUCGCCGCCUCUUCUUCCACUCCCCCUCCCAUCCCCUAUUCCCACCCAUCACUCCCCCCCGAACCUUCUAGAAGCCCCCGAGGCCAGAACCCUACGCACCCAUGGCGGCCUCGCUCCUCUCGCGCGCCGCCUCGGCCGCCUUCGCCCUCCGCGGCGGCGCCCGGCUCCUCCCCAAGGAAACCCCCCUUCCUCCUCCCCUCCUCCUCCCGCUCCUCCUCAUCCUCCUCGCCACCGCCGCCGGCACGCUCCCCGCGGUCGUAACCCUGCCGCUGCAACCACCGCCUCGAUCUGCCAGGUCUGAUAGUGUUCGCCUCUUGGAAACUUGCAGGGCAGGGUCGGAUGGGCGCGCGGCGGAGGUCGGGUGCGGGGCGUCGCUGUCACCGUCGAUGACGCGGUUCGGGAUCGCCGUGCGCUUCAACGCCAUGUCGUCGGCCGUCUCGGAGGCCGCCACCACCACGGCCGCGUCGAGCGUCGUCCACGCGGUGCCGCGGACCGAGCCUGUCAUGUCCGCCGAGUGGCUGCACGCCAACCUCAGGGACCCUGAUGUGAAGGUUUCUUCGUCAUGAUCUGGAUUGCCGCAGUCAUGUUCAAGUCCAAUGAUAUCUUGCGCAAGCAGACCGCUCUCAAGGUUGGUGCUUCAUAAUAACUUUUCUAUCAACGUGCUUCUUCUGCUUCUAGAGGUUAAUUAAUUGUUCUGACAAGCAGACUGCUCUCAAGAGCUUGUGCUUAUCUUGUGUAUCAACGUUCUUGUUCUGCUUCUAGCACUGGGUCUAUCCCUUCUAUUGAGGAAGCCGGCUGGCAGACUGCUGCCGUCACUAAAUAUUUGCUGCAUACUUAAUCACCACUUUGUAGAUGAAUUAUUAUUUAUUUUUGUCAUAUAUGUAGUUCAUCUGUCCAAUGCUCUGCACUAUAAAUACUAAUUUGUGUGCCAGGCCACCAUUGUGGUAGUGCCCAUGUCUCUUCUCCAGUCAGUCACAUCGUGCUAUGAUGCACACAUCCUCAAGUCUGGGAAGCAACCCUGGUAAGCCAAUUAUUGAAGCGCAUUUUUUUAGUCCCAUCACAUGCACAAUCUCAUCAAUGGUUAAUUUUCCAUUAUCAUGUUCAAGAGUUUCUUGGCCAGCUCUGAUAAUUGGGAUCUCAUGGAUGCCACAAUUGCACACAAUAAAUAAACAUAUUUGAUGAUGCCUUCUUGAACAGAUCAGCCUCCCCCCUUGCAAAAGAAAAAACGAUCAGCCUCCCUAGAUGAAAUCAAUAAACUGGAGCACUCCAACUAUCUACUACUUAGCCCUCAGAAACAAGUAUGACUACUAGCCAACUACACUCAAAUCAUAGAGCUCUAAAAUAUACUGUAACUAUCUCACAUGGUAUUGUACUAAAAAAACAAAGUUUUUCAAUUUUUCACUAAACUACUACUCAAAUCAUCCUAUUGUUGCGAAGUUGUGAGGUAUAUAUAUGAUAGCUUACAAUUGUUUGAAAAACUAAGACCAUGGUCUAUCCUAAAUGUGAGAUUUCAUUUUGAAUUAGUUGGUAGGCUUAAUUCUUUUGUUCUGCUUCAGCUCACUCUUACAUAAUGCCAAUUCGUGUCAAGAGCCCUUCGCUGGCAACUCACUAGAUGUAGAAACCCAAGUGGACGCAACCGCUGAGCCCUAAAUUGUUGUUUUUUGUGACGAUUAUCGGUAUGUAUUUACAUCAGCCAGAACAUCUUAUAUGGGUGUCUUAUCGUAAUAUUUCUACCUGGCAAAGAUUUCCUCUUGAUUCUUGAAUUUUACCACGUCCUUUCCUACUUUUACCAUUCAAUUAUUACAAUUGUUGUAUGUAUCAUAUUUGUUGUCAGGUGAGCCUUGAAACAUACUCCCUUUGUAUCAAAAUAUAAGAUGUUUUUUGACACUGGAGUAUAUGGCUUGCUAAUCCCAUCAUGAUUACGAAUAUAUAUAUGUUGUUUGCUGCUGGAGAAAAAUAAAUUUGCUGUCCAUUGAUUGAGUGCAUUACAGUAAUAAUUUCCAAACGUCACAUGAAACAAGGAAAUAUUUUCACGUGACUUCCUGUUUUGACAGAUAUAACAAGGAAACAUCCACAUCAAUUUUGUUCUUGAUAUAUUUUAUAUUGGUUUAUAGCUCACUCAUCAUACCAUUUUUUAUUUGUGGUAUAAGAAUAUUUGCCUUCUCAAACUUCCAUUUUUUUGGGAUUGUACUAUGCUCAAUUAAUUUGAUAGAAGUAUACCCAGAGUACGAUAAACAAGGAAACAAAGCACACCCGCAUAAUUAAAUUAGCUUUGCCAAGGAUAUAGGGCAAAACUUCCUCGUGUAGAUCUUCUGCUUGUAUUGCACUAAGCUCUUGGUUACCAUUUGGAAUCUUAUUCCAGGAUCCAUGUUAAUCCCAUACAUAUUUCCGAGCUUGUAGGAUGACUGGAAUAUUGCCCUGUUUUACGUCGAAUAUCUCAAGCGACAAAAUUUGCUCUUAAUGUACUGCUGCAGGAUCUGGAUAUCUCUCAAAAUUUAGUACUUUCUGGUGUUGAUCUCAAGUGUUGGCUCCUACAGCAUUGCAUUUCACCAAGUGAAAUGCUACAUUUCUACUCCUAACCCAUUCUCUCUUUCUUAGUGUUUUUGUUAUGCAGGUUGGAAGAAAAGAAGAAGAUCCAGAGAAGAUCUUAGUAGUAAGAUAGUUUUUUAAGAAAAUAGAUAUUUAGUUUUAGGUCAUUUCUUGUAAUUUCAGAUAUGGAGUGAUUGUUUAUAGUUUUUGUUUUGACUUUGUGAAACUUGCUACCCAUGGAUGAAACUGUGUAAUAUUGAUGAAACUAUGUAUAUGUAUGGAUGAAACUUGCUACUAUUGGUAACAUGUGUUACUAUUCAUCA